UCUGGAAACGAUCAUAUCUUCAGGGAGGCUAUAAAUUCGGCUUCGUUUCGAAUUCUCUCUCUCAUCUUCGUCUCUGCACUCUGUACAUCGGUAUCUCUCUCCCUCUCUCUCUCACGUACACACACGCACAUAGUUUCUAAAGGCGAGCCGGAGCUCCGGAUUGUCAAGAGGAUCCCGCCGUUUGUUAUCGGAUUCGGAUCGGCGACUGCACCGCUUGUCGUUCCCGAUUGAAAGUUCGUUAUUCUUUAAGAAAUCCAUAUAAUUAGUAGUCUGUUUUGAUUGGAAUGGCUUUAAUUUUGCGUUAAUUGUUCACAUCGUAGGUAAUUUGGUGCUGCAGUUUUUUAAUUCUGUGUGUUUGUGUUUGUGUGCUUAAGCGUUAGGUGUGUGUGAUAUGUUAUGGUGUUAAUGCUGAGCUUUUGAUUUCGCAGUAACGUAUUUUCAAUGAAUUGUGUUUAUGCUUCAUUUUUCUGUUGCUGUAUUGUUCAUCAUGCAUUGCGUGGAUUGCUGUGGAUUUGAUUUGGUGAAUGGUUUUAUGUUCUAUUUUGUGCUGUUUGAAUUUGUGUUGUUGGUUUUGUGAUGAUUGUUGACUGGUUGAGUGUGACGAAUUUGGUUGUUGCUGCUGAUGAUGAUGAUGACGAUAAUCGAUAUGUUUGGUUUAGCUAAUUUUUGAAAGAAAUGUGAUGGCUGCCUUGGUUACUUCUUCUGGUAGAUAAUCUUUUCCGUGCAUGAAAUUUAUGUCCAGGAUGAAAUGCUAUGUGAGACCAUUGGUUUUCCUUGGGAAAGAAGCCACGUCUAACUCUUUGUUUGUAAUUUAUACAUUUCGUUUAUUUGUGGAUUCAUCAUUAGUAUUACAGAGGGAGAGGAGGAAAAUAGAAAAUGGGUAGCUGUGGAACAUGAUGCAUUUGUUUUGUAUCAUAGGUGAUUCUACUCAACAAGGUCUUUUUUGUUUCUUUUUACUGACGGUGCACUUUUUUUGGUUGAGAAACUAGAAACAAAAUUAGGGCGGUGAAAUCUCUCUAUUACUUGCCACUUGAUUUCAGCCAACUGUUGAAUAAUAACAUACCCAAAUGGAUACGUGAUGUGACUGGGUUAUAGUAGGUCUUUUUUUUAUUUGGACGAGGAUUUAUAGUAAUUGGAUAGCAAAUAGAGUUCAUGCUUGUGGGGUGAAAUGAAUGGCAAUUUGGUCCUUUUGUUGUGGUUGUUCUAUAUAAGCUUCUGAAAUAGGCGUGUGAAGUUGUGAGUAUUGUCAGCCAUCAUCCCCUCUUUAUGGCCCAUGCAUCUCGUUUGGUGUACCUCAGCCUCUUGUUUCUGAAGCAGCCCUUGUUCAUCCAGAAACACCAAGGUCAAUGUUGUGGGGCCUUCCUCUGGACCUUUGUUUCAGGUACUGAGCUAUAGUAGCUCGUUAUAGAUAACCGUUAGGGCCUUUAAAGUAUAGGGCUUCAGUGUUUUGGGGUGUUAACUACCUGUGCAAGUGGAAUAUUUCAGGAUUCCAGUUCUGGAUUUCAUAAUGCAAAUGAUAAAAGAAAGUAUUACCUGAUAUAUUUUCUGAUAUUAAUUAUCGGCCUUUUCAGUUUCUGUUACUGAGGACGGGAAAACAUUACAGCUUGUGUUGAGUCUACGGCUUGGUUGCAGCUUGAGGCUUGUGGAUAUUUGUUAAAAUUUAAGGAGACUGCUUUAACAAAUUACAUAAGAUAAUUUUCUUUGUUCUUAAUUGGGUUGCAUUGAAAGAUAGGGCAGCAUACGGGGGGGGCUUAUUCCUUUGGGUUUUUCUUUUAUGUUAAUAUUGAGUUUCGGCAGUAUUCUGCAGGGCUGUUGUAUCUGUACCAGAGGUGAAAUUUCCAACUCCAGAGUGUAUAUGCUGGUUUAUCAGGGUUCUGAUUGAGGGGUUUGAACGUCUUACCAGUAAAUAUGGUUCUUCACAUAUCCAUCCGAAGAUGUCAGCGUAUAUUUCUAGUUAGAUCUUGUGGUCUCCUCUUUCUUGGCGCCUAUAUCCGUGUACUACCCCAUUGUGAAUAUUCCAUACUGAAACUCUUUGUUGCGGAAACAUCAUUUUCUGAGUUGUCUUAUCUGCCCCCUUGUGCUAAUCUGAGCAUUUGUCUGCUCUUGAUUAUGAGUUUCAAAGCUCAUACUCCAAGUACAUUGUUCAUUUCAUCCCUAAACCUGUUAUUCAAACCCGUCAAGUUGUAAGUAGUUUAGUAGAGAAGAAUGACAAGAAUGGUGCUCCACUUAUCUGGUUAGGGACUUAGCCUUGCAUGGGUGCCGUGGUCCUUGAAGGAGAGUUAAUUUUCUCUAAAGGAAAUCAAGAGAUGAAAGUUGUGAUUGUUUUGUAGUUCAUAACUCAACUAUAUAGAUGAUGAGAGAACUCCACCAGUUUCAAGCAGUAACACUCAAAGUCUGACGGUAUAGAGUUUUUAAGAUUUUGCCUAUUGGGUAAGUUCAGUACUCGAAGCAGACAUGGUGGAUAAUUUCCAUUUAAGGUUGGGGUGUCAAUUCGUCGUGCCCAGUAUAGUUGGAUUUGGUUCUGGGACUUCUUCAAGGAAUCAAGUGAUGCAAUGUUAUCGCUUACUUUCAACAGAUGGAAGCUCUGGAGUUCCCCAGCGCUGCAUUGUAGUUAUUGUUUGGGAUUCUUAUAGAUCUACUUGUUUUGAUGAAUCCUCCUCUUGGAGAAAUGCUGAUUGGAGCUGUUCAACCUUGCUUGGAUUUUGUUGUUGCUGAUUUCAAAUGUCUGCAGCAUUAUAGAAGAAAGCAGAGUUUCAUGGGGUGUUUGCCUGGCUUGAUCGGGUGACUAAUAUGCCCCUGAGGAUUAACCAUUGUUGCUAAAUAUUUUUGUACAUGCAGGUGCUUUAGGCCUUCUGCAAGCUUCUAAAUAUUAUCAUAUCAAUUUGGAGAUAAGCAACAUAGAAUGGUUAGACAGAACAAAAUGGAGGAUGCCCAUUUGAAUCUAUCGUGCAUGCUCACUGUAGAAUCAAAAGUAGAAUCAAGGGAUACUGGAAAGGCCACUGAAUUGUUGGAGAGAGGACACAUGGAGUAUGGUUGUUCACACUACAGGCGAAGGUGCCGCAUUAGAGCUCCUUGCUGCAAUGAGAUUUUUGAUUGUCGCCAUUGUCAUAAUGAAGCAAAGAACAAUAUCAAUGUCGAUCAGAAGCAUAGGCAUGACAUACCACGUCAUCAAGUCAAACAGGUGAUAUGUUCACUUUGUGGCACUGAGCAAGAGACAUCUAAGAGACAGUACCACUGCAAUGGAUGUGGAAUUUGCAGAAUUGGAGGGCGUGAGAAUUUCUUCCACUGCUACAAGUGUGGCUGCUGCUACUCAAUUAUGUUAAAAAACAGCCACCCUUGUGUGGAGGGAGCAAUGCAUCACGACUGCCCUGUUUGCUUUGAGUUCUUAUUUGAAUCAACAAAUGAUGUUACGGUGAUGCUGUGUGGACACACUAUUCACAAGGAUUGCUUAAAAGAGAUGAGGGAGCAUUAUCAAUAUGCGUGCCCUCUUUGCUCCAAAUCAGUUUGUGAUAUGUCCAAGGUAUGGGAGAAAUAUGACAUGGAGAUUGCAGCUACACCAAUGCCUGAACCAUAUAAAAACAAAUUGGUCUGGAUCCUCUGCAACGACUGCGGGAAAAGCUCACAAGUGCAGUACCAUGUUGUGGCCCAGAAAUGCCUGAACUGUAAAUCCUACAACACUCGCCAAACGAGAGGCUGAGCUAGUUGGCUAUGGUUGCAUCAGAAUUGAUUUUGGCUUUGGCUAUUAUUGUGCAGCUACGUGUGUCACAAGACUCGCAACAAAGGGCUCCGUACACUCUUGACCACCUGGCUGUAUCAGUGACAGAGGGAAUUGUGGUCCUGCGAUUGUCCUCUGUUGGAAACCUGUGGCCGAAUGCACCGUUGCGAUUCGCUUUUUGUUUCUGCGUUUCUUUUCCUCAUCUAUUUAUUUAUUUACUUCUGUAUGUGUGGUUUCACCUUGUAAUUAAGCCAAGAGUAGCCAUGAUGAUUUCUCGAUUUAUCAUCUGGUUGGAUGAUCUCUUGUUUUCCUCUGUAAUCCUCUCUUCAUUCUCAAUUGCGUUUGGUUAUUCGAACAGUAUCCCCCACUCCGGCAAAUGCAUUCAAAUGGUAUCUACUCCUGCAAAGGCACCGCCCCUGAGCUUCGGUUCACCUGUCUCUGUGGAUGGAGGAGUGGGUGGGUAUUAAGAACGUUGACAUGCUUGAGACAAAGUGGAGGGAGUUGAUUUGGAAGAGGCACGAGUUCAUGGGGAAAAAGACAAUCGUACCCCUUUUAAGGCUCAGUUUUAUGCAUUCAACUCGUACAGCUGGGUCAUUGACCAUGGUUUUCCUAUAAACUAAUCUGAUUCGUGUAGUGGUUAUAGAAUUUGGAAAUUGAUGAGGGCGUUGGCCUGCAGGUUUUCCUCACUAUGAAGAAGAUGAUUGUUAUUUGAAUUAAAGAAGAUGAAAAGACAAGAAAAGAGGUGCCUGACAGUACAGCAUUUUCAGAGGAAUUCUGAUGAACAUUUUCUACUGUAAGAUUAGGACAAAGCAUUUCUGCUGGUGCUUGUCUCACUGCUAUUGCUGUCUAGCUCAGUUGCUAACUUGAACAAAAUAAUUCGAAGUCCUAAUUAAUAAA